ACUCACUGACUGGACGCGAUCCAGCGCACGGGCGCUUGCGACCGCUUCACAAAUCGUUCGUGGAGAGCGAAACUUUGAAUUCGAAAGCCUGCGCGCAGUUGCGGGCGUCGAACGGGCCAUGAGCACCACCAGCGGCAGCCCGACCGCGCGCGCGUGACUGCAGUCUUUCGCCCAACGAGCGGAAAUGGCCGUCCGAGCUCACUUCGUCUUGAGCUCGGCGACGGGAAUCUUCUCGCGCAAUUCCUCUGCCGUCGAGGUUUCGAGCUCGAGCUGGAGCUGGAGCUGCAGAGUUCCGAAGAAUUCUUCGAGCGAAUUCAAGCGCGGGAUUGAGGUGCGGGACUCGUAUUUGUAUCCGGAGCGUGCAGCUUGUGAAGCGGAGCUAGAUUGCGCAAAUGUUUCGAGGCGCGAGCUUUCGUGCUCGGGUCGGGAGAAUGGGGAUCGGGGUAGGGCCUUGGUGUCGGGGCGAAUUAGGGCUCGAGGGUUGGAAUUUGAAAGGAGGAAGCGCAGGGGGAAUUCUCUCAGGAGCUCAGGGAGUAGAUUUUCCCAGGGCGGGUUGAGUGGCGGCGAAUUUUCGUCGCCAGUGAGGAGGGUGUAUAAGACAGCCGGGAAGAGGAGGACGAGAUUAUGCGCUUCCGUAGAUGACUAUUACGAAACCUUGGGGGUUUCCCGAUCAGCUUCUGAGAAAGAAAUCAAGCAAGCGUAUAGGAAACUGGCUCUCAAAUUUCACCCUGACGUCAAUAAAGAGCCAGACGCAGAAAAGAAGUUUUUACAAAUAAAGGCUGCGUAUCAAACAUUGGUCGAUGCAAACAGCCGUGCCAAGUAUGACUCGAGUAGACGUGCAAGUCCUCAGUGGGAUCCUUUCAGCUGGGAAACGGAGAGUCCCUCGUCCAAAACGUCUCAAAAGGAGGAGGAGUUCUAUGGACUGGGCGACUUUUUCAAAGAUGUACAGAUAUCGAUUGAAGACUUUUUCCGAGAUUUGCAAGCCGAUUCUCGCAAGAAAGAGAACACAGAAGCAAAGCCCAAAAGUUUGUGGGAGGAGCUGGCGGAAAUCGGUGAAGAGUUUGUGGAAUUCUUAGAGAAGGAGCUCAACAUUGCUGACGCAAAUGAAGGCGAUAAGUCCUCUAAGUAUCGUUCUGACUACCAACCCUGGGAUAGUGGGAAACGGUCUGGUGCACGAGAGGAAAAGAGAGAUCCAAGUGAGCCCAAGAUCUCUGAGGACGAUGAAGGAAAGAAUAAAGUUGAGUCAGAUAUUGCAGAAAUUGAAGAGAUGCUUGCCAAAAUCAAGAAGGAAUUGGGCAUUUAGAGCCUCACAUAAAUGUACAUGUAUACUCAAUUAUUUGUUGUCAAGAGUGCGUCAAAGGACGUUCUAGACCAACUGGUCUGCUAGUCAUUAGAAGGAGUGGGCUUUUACAAAUUCUCUCACGGUGUCCUGAUUUGAUUUUGCAUCCCCGUCAGUUUUUACCCUCGAGGAACUCCGUCUGACCUUUGACGAUGAGAACAUUAAGUUUCUGGCAUCUGGCUAACAAAUGAUUUACAUCCUGGUCACAUCACU